CAUGGUCCUUUCACAACAAACAUGCAAAACAAACUGGCCGGUCUGGAUUCCUCAUUUGCGAGGAAUGUGAGUAUUUUACAAGCGGCUUGUCAUAGAUAUGGUGCAGAGCGAUGGUGUCAAUGGGAAGGUGUGAGGAUACUGGUCGGUGAUUGGUCAGAGGGACGAGUCACAUGGGUAAGGUGGGAGAAAGGUGCGGCACAGUGGGGGCAGGACUGGGACACACUGCUGAUUAGAGGAGGCUGAGACAAUUUAUUAUCUCCACACCUUUCCACAGGCGCCACAGCUUUCUGCUACAGGUCAAACAAAACCAUGGACCCUGAUUAUUUCAAAUCUUACGACAUGUGCUGGGGCACCCUGGGCACAGUGCGACCCUUCAACAACUUCCACCCCGACAGAGACGUUCAGGAGAUCCAGGCAGCGCUGCAGACCAAAGAUGCGGGGACCCUGGUGAGAAUCCUGACCAAUCGGAGCAACGCCCAGAGACAAGAGGUCGUCAAAACCUUUCGAGAGGCGACACAGAAGGACCUUAAUGCUGCUUUGAAGAAAGCUCUGUCUGGAGAGGUGGAGGUUCUGCUGCUGGACCUGCUGAUGCCACCUCUGGAGUACGAGGCCCACCGCCUGCAAAAGGCCAUGGAGGGUUUAGGCACAGAUGAGGAGACAGUGUUGGAGAUCCUGUGCACACGAUCUGGAAAGCAGCUUCAGGAAAUCAGCCUGGCGUACAAAGAGAUGUACAAGAAGGACCUGGAGAAGGAGCUGAAAGGAGAAACGAGUGGAGACUUUGCUAAGCUUGUAAUAGCUUUGCUUGAUAAAGAAGAUGUUCCCAGUAGUGUCCAAAGAGAUGUUCAGGCUCUGAUCGCAUCACUAAAUGGGAAAAAAGCCGAUGUGGUACCUUGGAUCAACAUCCUGACGUCCAGAGACACAGACCAUCUCAACAAUGUGUUCAUGGGACUGGAGCUGGAGACAGGGCAGGCGAUGGAGGAGCUUGUGGAGGGGCGAUUCUCUGGAGAUGUGCAACUGGGUUUGAUGGUUUUAGUGGAGUGCAUUGAGAGCCCUUAUGCCUACCUCGCUAAGAGAAUAGCCACCAUGAAGCCGUCGAUAGUCCAGGGGCUCAUGGUGUCUCACUCUGAGGAGGAUCUGCUAUUCAUCCGAACCGCCUUCCUUAAAUUAACAGGCACUUCUCUCUACACUGCUCUACAGAAACAGUUCAAAGGAGAUCACCUACAGGCUCUGCUCGCCAUAUGUAGAUCUGAGGAUUAAACUUGCACCAGUUGUUAUUCAUUCAUUGUAUCAGUCUGUAGUAAUGCAAAAAAAUAAACCUCAUGUUCUUGUGCUCCUGUA